AUGGCCAAUCAGAGAGGUUCUUCCUCUUCAUCUUUCAACUAUUAUUAUAAUGAUGUAUUUUUGAGUUUUAGAGGUGAUGAUACACGAGGAAAUUUCAGAGAUCAUUUGUACGAUGCCUUGAUUCAGAAGAAAAUUAAGACCUUUAUAGAUGAUAAGCUAAGAAAAGGAGAAGAUAUAUCAGGAGCACUUCUGAAAGCAAUAGAAACAUCAAGGAUUUCUGUCAUUAUAUUCUCCACAAACUUUGCUUCGUCAAAUUGGUGCUUGGACGAACUUGUUACAAUCCUGGAAUGUAGAAAAACAAACAAACAAAAGUUUAUGUCUGUUUUUUACAAAGUGGAUCCAUCGGAAAUCAGAAAGCAAGAGGGUAGUUUUGAUGAAGCACUUGCUAAGCACGAAAAGAAAUUCCAAGAUAACAAGGAGAAGGUCGAAAGAUGGAGGGCAGUACUUACAGAAGCAGCAAGUUUAGCAGGCUGGCCUUUGAAAGAAGACGGGAACGAGAUGCAAUUAAUCGAAGAGAUUGUUCAGGACAUAUCCCAAGCUAAUCCUCCCCCGCCUCCCCCGACUCCGCCACGGGUGAAACCGCUGGCAUAUAGAAAGCUGUUAAUAACCAAGCACACAUUUGGUCAGCUCGAGAGUAUAUGUCCACCGGGUGGAAGAGACAAGAUAGUCCUCUAUACAACAUCGCUGGGAGCGGUGUUGAGGACUUACCAGGCGUGCAAUGACGUGCGAGCGGCACUGACAAACCUCGGGGUGAUGUUUUCCGAGCUUGACGUUUCAUGGGAGCAUGAAGGUUACCUCAAAGAGUUGAGGGAGCUGAUGAUUGACAAAGGAAGAGAAGCUACGAUGCCUCCAAGAUUGUUUGUCAAGGGAAGAUAUGUGGGUGGGUCUGAGGACGUGUUUAAGCUUUUAGAGGAGGGCUGGUUUUGCCAGGUUCUUCAACAUAAUUCGUCGUCGACUUCAUGUAAAGAUUGUGGAGAAACAGGGUUCCAGCAGUGUUCUCAUUGCAAAGGAAAGGGCUCAGUGAUUUGCGCGAGCUGUAGACCAACUUGA